UGUGGGUUAAAGUGGGUUUCGGUGGUUGUGGGUUAAGUGGUUAGGGGUUUCGGCUGUGGGUUGUGGCGGUGGUGGGUUAAAGUGGCUGGUGGUGUUCUGAGGUAAUGAUACGCCGUGCCGGUGGUGGCGCGACGUGUUUUUUUUUUUAAUUUCAAUAUACCAGUUUCCGACGGAUUUGUAUUUCGUCGGAAAUUUCCGACGGACUUUUCCAGUGCCGAAAUUCCACUUCUGACGAAACAGUUCUGAAGGAAUUUCGUCGGAAAAGGUCGCUUUUCCUACAAAGGUUUUUCAACAACCGGUUCCGAUGGAAUUUCAGUCUGAAACGGGUUUUCCGACGGAAUUCCAGGUUAUUCCGACGGAAUUUUUCCGUCGAAAAUGGCCUCUUUUCUAGUAGUGUGAUUCAUUAGAUAUUUUUGGUGGCUGGGGGGUGGAUGUAAAGGUGGUUUUAGUGGAAGGACUAGGUUGGGUAUGUGGUGAGAUCAGAAGGUGGUGGUAGGAAUUUAAGUUUAAGAGCAUGUGGGUUUUUUUUCUAAAAAAAAAAUUUAUAAUAAUGAUAAUUAUUAAACAAAUAAGAUGUUGACAACUGGCUCAAUUUACCUGAUUAACAGGUUAACAAAAUUUUGAUACUAAUUUGAAAAGAGACCCCCUAUAGAUUGAGAAGGGAACUACGACUAUACUAUAGUGUCAAUGGAGACAUGAUCAUGCAUGAUUGCAUGGAAUAAUGACUACACAAGUAACAAUUAUCGUCUAGUCAAUAAAUAAUAUACUUGGAUCAUCAGUCAACAAUAUGAAUACUAGGUAAAAUUCAAGUGUGAAGACGAGAAAAUUAUUCACAUAUUUCUUGGUGCAUGCAUCCAUAUAAAUACAUACGAACUAUAUAUUUCAUGCCUUCAAUAAUUCAUCAUUAUAUCAUUUAAGAGUCCUAUUUGAUUUACAAUUCUAUAUCUAUCUCGCUAUAUGUAAGUAAUUAAAUUUCCUUAAUUCCAUCAUUAUUAGAUCUAUUAUUAUUUGAUCCUAAUAUUAUUAAGAUUAUUAUUAUGGCACCACGCACUAGAUCUCCUCCUAAUAAUUCAUCCUCUCCUAAUUGCCUAAAUUUUAAUCCACAAACAAACUUUCCAUCAAUGUCCUUUAAACAACGCCUCCAAACUAUAGUAGAGAGCAAACAAGGGUUGUUAUAUGCUAUGUUAUGGCAAAUGACACCCGGUGUUGAGAACAUAAUGACAACAGCGGCGUCUAGCAGCAUCAGUAGCCGCCGUGUGUUAGCGUGCUCUGAUGGUUAUUUGAGAAGCUACUCCAUAAGGAGCAGCCUAAAUGAGGAGAUUGUUAUGAUGUCAGAUGCAGAAUGGUUUUAUGCAGAUUCAAUAGGAAAAGAACUAGUUAUUGAGGACAAUUACAAUCUUGUAAUUGGGGAAGCCAUGAGUUCAGGGUCUUACCUGUGGCUGAUCGACAGCUCAGGUUGUGAGAGGGCGAGGGAGGCUUUGCAGCACUAUGUUCGAACCCUGGUGUUUGUACCAGUUGCCUCAGGUGGAAUCAUUGAAAUCGGAUCCUUGGAUGAGAUCAAAGAAGACAGGAGCUUAAUCGAGCUCGCCUUCUCAAUAUUCAAUGGUAAUGGUAGUAGUGUUGCCUGCAGCAGAGGUGACAGCAAAGCUGCGCAUGUAGAGGCAGAGAAGCAAAGGAGAUACAAGCUCAAUCAACGUUUCUACGCGUUACGUGCAGUAGUCCCUUAUGUCUCAAAGAUGGAUAAAGCAUCUUUGCUAUCAGAUGCAGUUACAUACAUCAACGAGCUUAAAUCUGCUGUAAAAAAUCUAGAAGAAAAACUUCAAGAGCUACCGUCUGUAAGUACUUCAGUGAGUACUACGACUAAUAAUUUUUCCCCACAUUUACAUGCUUUGCUUCUUCAUCAUCCUACUACUAAGGGAUGGCCAAUUGAGAUUGAAGUUGAGGUGAAAUCGAUAGGAAAGGAAGUGGUAAUUCGAGUUCAAACGACGGGUUUGGAUCAUCCGGAAGCAAGAAUUAUGAAUGUGUUGAAAGAGCUACGUUUGGAAAUCUGUUAUGCAACUAUAUCACAUGUGAAUGAGGUUGUAUUUCAGAAUAUUAUUGCUAAGAUGCCAUUGUAUCCUGAUGAAUUAAUUACUACUCAAGAAAGCUUAACUAAUGCUAUUCGCGAGAGUCUGCAGUAUUGAUUGUAACAAUUUUUUUGUAAUAUAUGCAUGCAUGGCUUCUUGAA